AUGGGAUCGCAAAUUCAGACCCACCGCCAACCCCCGCACCCAGGGAGAGGUCCUCUUACUCCGUGGCACUUGGGGAGGGGCUGUCCUGGCCUCAGCUUCCCCCCACCCCACCCCGGUCCCCGUCCGGCAGCUCCCUCGGGGUUCCAGCCUCACAGCCCCAUCCCACCCCGAUCGUCCUGCCCUGAGGGUCUCACCCAGGCCCAGGCUGGGCCGCCACCGGGGCCAGGAGGAGCUGAUCCGCUUCCGCUGCCUUAUCGUGGCGCUGCCCCCAGUCGGGCCCCCGCCCCCCGCCCGCCCAUUGGUUCCGCGCGGCCUCGCAGCCGCCUCUGGGUCCCCCAGCCCGGCUCCCCGCCCCGCUUUGUCUCCUCGCCCGCUUUCCCUCCCUCAGACCCCCGCCUUUGUCUGCCCCCAAACCUGGGAGCUUGGCGCCAAAGCCUCGGCCCAGCCCGGCCGACCCCUACCCUGGCCCCGAGACCCUCGCCUACCUUUCUGGCUGCUCCCCCUCGGACCACGCUUGAACUACCCCCUAGUCCUACCUUCGUUCGGCAACUCGCCCCCGCCUCUAACGGCCCUCAGACCUUGCGCUCGCCUUCAGCUCCGGCCCCAGGUUUUUUCUCCCAUCUUCGUCGGGAUCUGGGCGCUUCGGCGCCAGUUCGGAAUCUCCCCCUCCACCCACAACUCAACUCAGGACCGCGCGGGGGUGGGCGAGAAACCAGGGGUGCAAAGGAAGAGGGGCUCCUGCCCUCAACGAGCUCCCGAGGAGCGUAUUCACAUUGGAGGGCCCUUUGCGUAGGGUUUGUCUCAGAAACAGCGCCCCCCCAUACUCGUCCCUCUCCCCGCCCCGCUUCAGACUUCCUGGGUCCUUUCUCGGUGUUUCUCCUGGACCCCCCAGCAGCCCCCGUGGGCACCAGCUGCGAUCUCAGACCCCGGGGCCUGCCGGCGGGGCGCGAAGCUGUAAUACUCGGACCCCCAGCCCUCCCAGGUUGCACAGCCCAAGUCCUCGCCCGUCACCGCCCUAGAAGCAAGAUGCGAGGAGCCAAUCGUUGCUUCUUGGAGAUGUUUGGGCAGAAUUUUCUUACCAAGGUUCUAGGGGCGACCUCUGCUACCGUGUUGGGCACCCCAAAACUGACCCAACCAAUCAGUUUCCUCUGUUAG